UUCACGUAAGAGUCGCGAUCCCUAGGCUGUCUAUGCUUACGUCAUCCACUCCCGCGGCCAAACUUCGCGACUGCAUCACUUCGACACCAAACUAAGCCAUCACCCGAACUCAGCGCACGCCGCGCAUCUCCCCAUACGCACCCGCCCACGAUGCAGGGCUUUAACAUGGGGCGGUACUACCCGCCUGACGCCUCGAAUCCUCCAAGCUUCAACAACUCCUCACACCCACUCGGCAAACGCGCAAACAAAAUCUCCAAGGGCAUCCUCACCGUCCGCUUCGAACUGCCCUUCGCUGUGUGGUGUGAUCACUGCAGUCCUCCCGCCAUCAUCGGUCAAGGUGUACGUUUCAACGCCGAGAAGAAGAAAGUCGGCAACUACCACAGCACGCCCAUAUGGAGUUUCCGCAUGAAACACAGUGCUUGUGGUGGCUGGUGGGAGAUUAGAACGGAUCCGCAGAACAGCGAAUAUGUUGUUACAGAAGGGGCGCGAAGAAGGGACUAUGGGCCUGCCGGAAAGGGAGAUGAGGCGUUAGCCGAGGGAGACCUCAAAUUCCUGACUGAGGAAGAGAAGCAGAAGAGGAGGGAAGAUGCCUUUGCAAAUCUAGAGGGGAAAUUAGAGGACAAAGGGAUCGAAAAGAAGAAUAAGGAGAGAGUUGAGGAGUUGUAUGAUAAGGCGGAAGUUUGGAGGGAUCCAUAUGAUGUGAAUGCGAAACUGAGAAGGGACUUUCGGGAAAAGCGAAAAGUUUGGAAGAAAGAAGAUAAACACAAGGAGGGUAUGCAAGAUAAGUUUAGCCUGGGACUGGAUAUCGUGGACGAGACGGAGGCAGACCGCACACGAGCUGGGCUGGUCGAUUUUGGUUCUACAGCGACGGACGACUGGGGAGUGGGUCAUUUGGAGUGGAAACCUCUUUUCGCGGACACAAAGGUGGAAGAAAAGGCCACAAACAACAAGGCUGUUCAUCCUUUACCGCCGACGAAGAAACUUAAGUCAGAAAUAGCCAGGGAAAAGAGUCGACUGGGACUGCAGCAAACACUUGUCGGAAACACAAAGGCCGCGAUUGAUCCGUUUCUCCACAGUGGUAGCAUGCCAGCUUCCAGAGUCAACUUGGGUAUACUGAAGAGGAAGAGAGAUACUGAUACAAGAGGUCUAGACGCAGCGCCUGAGAAUGCAGAUGCUGAGGCGCCAACCAAGAAACCUGCUCUGCUUGAAGCUCUGUUGGGCUAUGAUUCCGAUUGAUCAUACGCUAUGUCGCGACGGAUGAUUCACCGACCUCUGAGCGAUUUUACUUCUGCAAUCAUCGGCGUUUGGGUCAAGGAGCAUAUGAUACCCCAUUUCCUAUCCGUCACGGUAGUCAUUUCUAGUUUUUUUCAAUUUUCAGUCGAGCGACAUAUUAGCAGAUAUGCAUUCCGACUGACGACGAUCUGCUCGUGAAAACGCACUCAUACGUUCUGCCGCCUCAGAGCCACCUACUACACCUUCUGCUCUUUCAUCCACUU